AUGACCUGUACGAACGAUAUCAACCCCGAAGAGGUUGAGACCGAACAUACAGUACUAGAGGCACGGGGUACACCAAGUGCAGGCCAAGAUGAUGACUCCGACUGGUCAAGGAAUAUAUCCAUGGAAGAAUAUCUCAAUCAAAACGGCACAAAUGAUACAUACGACACCCUGUAUGAUGUGCCUACUGGCUUGAUAGUGCUGUUGUCGGUAUUGUAUGGGUCGAUAUCGAUGUUGGCUGUGGUCGGUAACUUCCUAGUGAUGUGGGUGGUGGCCACCUCCCGCCGCAUGCAGAGCGUCACCAACUGUUACAUCGCUAACCUAGCACUCGCAGACAUCGUCAUAGGACUAUUUGCUAUACCAUUCCAAUUCCAAGCAGCGCUGCUGCAGCGAUGGCUGCUGCCGCACUUCAUGUGCGCCUUCUGUCCGUUCGUGCAGGCGCUCAGCGUCAACGUGAGUGUGUUCACAUUGACCGCGAUUGCUGUCGACAGGCACCGCGCUAUUAUCACACCCCUAAGUGCACAUACUUCCAAACGUGUCGCCAAAGUGAUUAUAGUACUUAUUUGGGUCCUCGCCUUGUCUCUCGCGGCUCCAAUGGCUAUGUCUUGGGAAGUCAUUAUGGAAGAAGAAAUAGACCCGGUGACACGACAAAUGUACAAGAAACCAUUUUGUACUGCGAGUGAAUUUGGAUCGCAUUCGUUGGCCAUUUACAGAUUGCUGUUAUACAUAUUUCAAUACGUGAUACCGCUGUGUGUGAUAACUUUCGCGUACGCUCACAUGGCGAUGAAGCUAUGGGGCGCGCGAGCCCCGGGCAACGCACAAGAGACGCGAGACGCUAAUCAGAUGAAGAACAAGAAACGGGUAAUAAAAAUGUUAGUGCUAGUCGUGGCUCUGUUCGCGCUGUGUUGGCUGCCACUUCAGAGUUACAUGUUGCUACAAUCGUUUUUUCCAUCGAUAAAUGAGUACAGAUAUAUUAAUGUCUUAUUCUUUUGCUUCGAUUGGUUAGCGAUGAGUAACUCUUGCUACAAUCCCUUCAUCUACGCUAUUUACAAUGAAAAAUUCAAGAAGGAAUUUAAACAACGUUUCACGCUACGAAAGACAAGAAAUAAAUUCCACAAUGAUAGUUAUGAGGAUGGCCAGUCGUAUCGUACAAGAGUACUUUCGUUUCGGUCGACUAAUGAACGGAGUUCAUAUUAUACAAGGAAAUCAAUAAGUUUUGGUCCAACGGAUGCUGUGAAAGCUCAAACUAGAAACUCCUGUUACUGUGCAAGGAAUUCUAAUGCAAAUUUGGAAGGUGAAUCUCGUCUAAAUGUCACAGGUGAUAGCUACACGAAUGGAACGAAUAAAAAUGGUUUGAAAACUACUGACACAUCGAAUAAGAGGAAUAAAUCAAAGAGAGUUACAAAAGACGACACGAUACCCGUCGGCGAUGAACGUGUUAGUGAACUGUACAUAUUUCCCAAUAGUAACGUUGUGGAAUUCACAGACGUGCUAUGUGAUAAUAAAGUGUAA